GGAACCUUUCUGUUGUGGCUCUAGUAGUCCACCGGAACAGUUUGAUCGGGACACCAACGUGACAACUUCGAACCCGCCGUCAUUUUUGAAGCUCCGCGAGGACGAUGAGCACCAAACAGGUGACCUGCAGGUACUUCCUCCACGGCGUGUGCAGGGAGGGCAGCCGCUGCAUGUUCUCUCAUGACCCGACCAACAGUAAACCCUCCACCAUCUGCAAGUUCUACCAGAGAGGAGUGUGUGCCUACGGAGACCGAUGCAGGUAUGACCACGUCAAAUCAUUCAGAGGAGUGGGAGGAGCUCCAGAGAACCAUGCAGUUGUGGGAGGAGCUGGAGGCGGAGCUUCAGUGAGAGGCGGAGUAAAGAAGAACAUGGUCCUCAGAGACAGAGUCCUCGGUGCAGACAGCAUGUUUGGGGGUCCAGUUGACGGUUUGGGUUCAGGCCUCACAGCGGCGGCGGCGGCAGCAGCGUCUCCUCAUACGUACGUGGAAGCCAUCAGAACGGGCCUCGACGGCUCAGCACAGGAACAAGCAGCUGUCUCUGCAGCCCCUCCUCCUCCCCCAGUGGGCGGGGCUUACCAGGACGGCCCCCAGCUGUGUCCCUACGCAGCAGCCGGACACUGCUACUAUGAAGAGAACUGCACGUAUCUCCAUGGCGACCUGUGUGAGGUGUGCGGGCUGCAGGUGCUCCACCCCCACGACGCAGAGCAGAGAAGAUCGCACGAAAAGAUGUGUAUGCUGGCCUUUGAGGCUGACAUGGAGAAGGCGUUUGCAGCCCAGCUCAGCCAGGACAAGGUUUGCUCUAUCUGUAUGGAGUUGGUGGUGCAGAAGGCGAACCCUUCAGACCGCAGGUUUGGGAUUCUGUCUUCCUGCUGUCACACCUUCUGCCUGGCCUGCAUCCGACAGUGGCGCUGCACCAGAAACUUCAGCAACAAGAUCAUCAAGGCGUGUCCAGAAUGUCGGGUCCCCUCUGAGUUCGUCAUCCCCUCGAUCUACUGGGUGGAGGACCAGGACGACAAGGACCACCUCAUAGAACUCUUCAAGUCUGGAGUCGGGAAGAAGGCCUGUAAGUACUUCGAUCAGGGUCGGGGGUCGUGUCCGUUCGGAGGGAAGUGUUUGUAUCUUCACGCCUUUCCUGACGGAACCCGAGCAGAAGCCGACCGGCCACGCAAACAGCUGAGCUCCGAGGGGAACGUCCGGUUCAUGAACAGCGUCCGUCUGUGGGAUUUCAUCGAGGAGCGCGAGCAGCGGCCCGCCCAGUCCCUCGAUGAUGACAUCACAGAGCUGAGAGAGCUCUUCAUGCAGAUGUCCGGGCCGAGCAACGACGCCGCGGAGACCGGCGCCGACCAGUAAGGACCAGACGAGACCCGGUCCGUGACGGCCAUGUUUGUGGACAAGUCGUUGAAAUAUAAAAAUCAUGUGAUCCCUCUGCAGCUCUCCGGUCUGUUUCAGUCCAUCAUGACUUUCAAUUAACGCUAUACUGUUCUGAUUUUAUUUAUAGUGUAAAUACGGAAAUACAGAGUCGCUGUGAAGUCAUUACGUGCUGUUGUAUUAGGUUUAUUUCUCUCUUUUACUAGAACACCUGAAACCUGCAGGUGGUGCUCAAACUGUAAACAAAGAAACAUUUUAACAUGAAACAAGAGAAGAAGAGCGGAGGUCACAUUCACACAAACACACAUGUUCCACUCACGGUUAGUUUCAUUACUCGUCCCUUUAUUUGUUUUAUUAAUAAUCCAUUAGAGCUCAAUGUAGGAAACGUGAGAACAUCGAGAAGGCCGCCACGUUUAGUCCAACGAGCCGGGGGUUUCAACAUUUCAGGAAAACAAAGACGUCAAUGACUUCAUUAGAUUUAGAGACAGGAAGUCCAGCAGACUUUCUUAAAGGUCAGCUGGGAGCGAGGCUGCGUGUGCAUACGGACGACCAAAAUGAAAUAAGUUGGAGAAAAUGUAUUUGAGAGCUCUCGCCUCGCUCCCAGACGAGGAGGGGAGGGGAGGGGAGGGGGGGUGACAUGAGAAGUGUUGGGUUCAUGAAAUAAAAAAAUAAAAAAAGCAAACAGAACGGUGAAUUCCCCCGUCUCUUCAACGAGCUCUGUCUGGACCUAGUAAGUAGUAAAGCCCGCCGCCUGCUUGACUUGAUUUGACGACAUUAACGAUCGUGCCACUCGGCGUCUUGAGCUGGAUUUUCACUUUGAGCCCAAAAAAACAACAAAAAAUGAAUCGCACGGCUGGACCAGAGGGAAACGGUUUUCUAGCGUCUUUGAGUGAUCGGGUCAUAAGAAUAAAAAUGUACAGUCACACAUCAGUCACACCUGAAUUAUGUCCUCACAUGCUUGUUUUUCAGGAGCUCCAAUGUGUCAUAUUAGCUCUGACGUAACACAGAAAAAUAACCAGCAAAGUUUCGGGUGUGAGCGGCGUGAAUCCUCAAAGUUUGCUUGAAAAAAAAAGACGUGUUGGAUAAUGUGUUCCAACAGAUCAGCUUUAGUCUGUGUGUUAAACUGUAAACAGGCUCUGUAUUCACUGUAAGUGUAUUAUAAAACGCUGUUUCUGUGGGAAAAUAAAUCUAUUUUCAUCAGUG